AUGUAUGAGCCUAAGGAAUUUGCCGGUGUCUACACCAAGACCCCCAUACAGCCUCAGAAUUAUGACACGCUUUUCGCGUAUCUCUUUGGCAUCACGGAUCCUGGCCCAUUCCUAGAUAUCUACACAACUACUCAGCCUAGCGCCUUCGCAUGCGUCGAGCAUCAACGCCGCGAGAUUGUCCACCGCAAGAGACUACACGUGGCUUCUAAUAAGCGUCCUAACUCUCGGGGUCCUGGGUCCUUGAACUAA